CCCAGAGGUUCUUGGGGCUCCUGUGGGGACACCGGGGUGUCCCACUGAGCUCAGAGAUCCCCAGGGUUGGUGACCCUUUAAAGAAGUUCGAGGUCAUACCUGUAAAACCUCUCUGAAAAGCGACAUUGGUGGAUGUUCCCUCCUCCCUGCUGCUCCUGGCCAUCACCAGCUCCAAGGCUGGAUGUGGCUGGGCCAUGGUGCAGCUGGAGCUGUGGGCGGCCGCGGCGCUGAUGCUGCUCGGGGCGGCCGUCGGCCUCUGCAUCAGGUGCCAGCUCUCAGGUACCAAACAGGAGACACAGCUGAAUGAGCGGAGGAGCCAGCUCGAAAGCCAGAGGAGAUUUGAGGUGAUUCGAUCCCAUACCACUGCAACCCGAAGGCUGGAAAAAAUUAAGGAACCUGAAGACUUAUCAAUAGCAAGGAAAGUCACUGAAGAGCUCCGUGCUUCCCAUCACACUGGAUAUGGGAGCAGGGACGACUCCAGGUACCAGAAUUUCCUGGCAGAGAACUGCCUGCAGGAAGAUGCUGCCUAUGUGGAGCCCAUAUCUCUGGGUUACUACUACAAUUGCCCCAGGUUCUUCGAUCCACUCCAUGGCAGGUCUCCAGGCAAGCAAGCAGAGAAAGAUGAGGAUGAGGAUUCCUAUUCCUAUGAAAAUGUCACCAUUGGAGCAUCCCAGGGCUCUGAUCCAGAUGAUGCUGCAGACUACGAGAACAGCGUGGCAAUACACACGUGGAAACUCCAGCAAGGGCAGGCUCUGCUGACAGAAAGCCUGGAUGAUGAGCCAGACUACAUCAAUGCAGGUCCUGGGUCAGGCCCUGCCCUGCUGUCACAGCACAGCAUUCUGCACAAAGUCUGAAGAACUCUUUUGCUGAGCUGUAAGAGAGCACCCAGUGAACAUGCACACAGGGAGAGGGGAGAUUGCCAUCCCUCAGUGAAACCUUUUCUCCCAACUGUGCCUGCAAUGACGUAGAAGGGGUGGUACUGAAAGGAAGAAAUGCACUUUUUGAAGCCCCACAGAAGACCAACUGCAAACCAGCAACUGGAGAAAAAGCACUCUGCAUCCAGCAACCACGGGCAAGCCCCAGGAUCCUCAUCCCCAUCUCAUUUCCCUGCAUGUCCACUCAAAGGUGGCAAUGUUUUCUCCUGUCAGGCAUGAAAUGAAUCCUUAACUUGCUGGGCAGUAAUGCAGCCAGCUACUUCAUCUGUCAGGGUGACUCAUGCACGAUGGUAUUAAACCAUGGGGAUUACCUUCUGAUUUAGUUCCUGUGCUCUCCUAUAGAAGCAGUUUCCUCUGUGAGAGGAAAUGGCAAGGCAGAGGUUGUGUUUAUAACAGCUGUGGUUGGCUGGAGCUGAAUGAGAUUCCAACCUGUUCACAAAAGCUAAAGAGGAUUAAAUGCCUGCCUUAUCCAUGGUUUGUAAUUCACAGUGCUGGUCUGUGGCAGUUUUCCUCGUGUUUCAGUAGCUGUUUUAUAAUGAUACAAAGAACCAGCAGCAACUGUGAGAGUCAGAUCCACAGCCACCAGCCUCAGAAACUGCCCCAGUCCCUCAAUAUGGCUGUUGGAAUAUCAUCCCAGAAACAGAAUCCCUAUCUCCUGAGCCCUGAUGCACAGAUCUGGCACUUCUGGAACACUUAUUUAUUAAAACUGAAAUCUUUCAAAGAAAAUGAGGUGUUUUGCUAUGGUUUGCAAUGAUAGAUGUCAGCAUGAUCAGGUGACAGAAAUGGGAGAACAUGAGGUGACAUGGAGCAAUGUGCAGGAUCUUAUGGGGAGAAAAUGCAUUAAAAGCCUUCUCAAAAUCAGAUCAGAAAAGCGUGUUUCAGGAAAGAACACAGCCCACGCUCAUGGUGAGUGAGCAGAGACAGGGAGCUGAGGGUUAGAGACCUCGGAGUGGGAGAAGGGAUGUCAGGUGCUUCCUGCUGCAAAUGACUUGGCUCUAAUUUUAGCAGAAUCACCGAGACCACAGGUGCCCACCGUUGCUGCAGCUGAAACAGUGGGUGGGUUGGAGUUUGGCUCAGCAAAAGGUUUGCUAGUGGUUCCUACAAAUGCUACAAGUUUCCACAGGACUUCCACAACAGAGAAAAUCUGGUGCACUUCAGGGAUGCACACAGUGAGCCACAACCUGGUCCUCAGCUCAUCCCAGCCCAGCUUCUCCUCACACCCUUAGGUUUCCUGAUGGUCAAAUGCUCUGCAAAAGGUCUGCACAGGCUCCCAGGCAGGCAAGCGGUGCUUUUGUCACUGGAAUUGUACCUGUACCUCACAGGGCUGUGAGACUGUUGGGAUUCAUCCUCAGCACCUGAAGAAGCUUCCAUUUUCCAUGAAGUGCUGCAGACUGUGGAUUGCUCACUGCAAGGGUGAGCUCGUUCUGAGUGAUGUCUGGUGAUGUUACCCACUGGUGAUUCAUCUCCCAACCAAGGGAGCCAUUCAUGAUUAGGAGAUUAGCAGCAGUGACAGAUCCUUGGCUCACAACAUCAGCUCCAGCUGGAGACCUCCCAGAAAGUUCUAGGCACUAGGUCAGUGCAUGGUCAGAACAUGAAAAUACAAGAUUUACUGCUCU